AUGCACCACUCACGCAAUCUCGACGUCCGUCCAAGUGCAUUGGCUGACCAGGCUCCUGCCCGACGACUUUCGCUAGACAAGGAGAACGACCUCGGGAACCCCGAUAUCGACAUUCGUACAGGCCGCCUCGAGGCCGCCCCCAAGCCCCGAACCAUGAGCGCAGGCACCACUACGUCGGCAAGCACACAUGUCGACCCAGGCGCCGGACUCUCGAACCUCGACACACGGAGGAUAGCAAGUUCGUUGGUUGUCCCAGCCAGAAUGCAGUAUCGCAGCUGUCCCGUAUCAGUGUCCGUUGAUCCUGUGUUCCUGGUCAUAUCCGAGUGUAUAUCGAUCACGUCGGCCAUUCAGAAACAUGCUAGGUCACCACACUCUUCGGUCUCUGCCAUCCUGGGAGGAAGUCCGAAUCCAGUCCCAGUUGGACCACCGAGUCCAGCUCUUCAAACUGGCACGAAGACCAUAGUCACAACACUGGGCGGCGACAGGUCGAACGAUGGAGGCCUUGCCAACCGCUGGGGGCUUCGGGGGAAGAAGGGCAAGAGCAUGCAGGAUAACCCUCUCAUGGCAGGAUUUGGCAGGCUACGCCACGAACUUGCCACCGUGCGAGAUAUAAACACCUUCGACGCCGUGUCACUCCUAAGCCCAUUCCUCCAGAUCGUACAGACCAAGGGCACCGCCGCCCCGAUAACUAUUCUGACUCUUGGAGCACUUCGCAAGUUCUUGGCUUACGGCUUCAUUGGCCCUACGUCGCCCCGAUUCCCUCUAGCUAUGCAAUCACUCUCGGCUGCAGUCACCCGCUGCCAGUUUGACACAAGUGACGCUGGGCAAGUUGAGGUCGUUCUCUUGAUGAUUUUGCAUCUCAUGGAAGACAUGAUGUCGGGGCCUGGAGGAGACAUUCUGAGCGAUGAGAGUGUGUGUGACAUGAUGGGCCGAGGGCUCGCCAUAUGCUCUCAGCCACGGUUCUCCCCAGUUCUCCGACGGACUGCAGAGAGUGCUAUGGUACACAUGUGCCAGAUUAUUUUCGAGGACGUGAAACACUUGGAACUUGAGGCAGGCGUUGAUCCUGAUGCUCUCGACCGUCAGACCGACGGGGACAUGGAUAAUGUUACAAUGGAUCCUGCCCCCGCGGGUAUCAACGGCGAUUCUCUGUCAGUGGCCCAGGUUGACAAUACACGCCCCUCGACCAGCUCAGAAGUUACGGAUGCAAAGGAGAGCCUCGAAGCCAAUGAUGCCUCCGAAGACAGCGAGCUGAAUCCCGAAGAGCUAAACGACGUCGAAUCUCUCGACUUGAGACCAUACUCGCUCCCUUCUGUUAGGGAACUAUUCAGGGUUCUCGUCAACUUCUUGGAUCCGACCGACCGCCAGCAUACCGACACCAUGCGGGUCAUGGCUCUACGAAUCAUCCAUGUGGCACUGGAAGUAUCUGGACCUUCCAUUGCGAGGCACCCUGCCCUCGCUACCAUCGCUGAAGAUCGUCUGUGCUGCUACUUGUUUCAGCUCGUACGGUCUGAUAACAUGGCCAUUCUCCAAGAGUCCCUGAUUGUGGCGGGCACCCUUCUUGCGACUUGCAGGGGUGUACUCAAGCUGCAACAAGAACUAUUCUUAUCAUAUCUUGUCGCGUGUCUACACCCCUCUGUGGAAAUACCGCGAGAACCAGGCAUUGACCCUUCUCUCUACGCCGGCAUUCCGCAGUCUCCCAAGCUCGUCAAACCCCCUCCAUCACAGGCAAAUAGCGGACGUUCGACUCCCGUUCCUGUCAAAGACCGCCAGAAACUGGGCCUCGAAGGCGGCUCUCGCAAGCCAGAUGCACGUCAAGCAAUGGUAGAAAGCAUCGGAGUGCUAUCAAGAAUGCCGAAUUUCAUGACGGAGCUCUUUGUCAACUAUGAUUGUGAUCCCGAUCGUGCGGACCUUUGCGAAGAUCUAGUCGGGCUUCUUUCUAGAAACGCAUUACCCGAUUCGGCAACAUGGAGCACUACCAGUGUGCCUCCUUUGUGUCUUGAUGCUCUACUCCGUUAUGUUCAAUACAUUGCAGAGCGUCUCGAACUAGAGCCUACCUCCCAGGAUCUUCCUUCGGCGGACCAUUUGCGAGAACAGCGGCGUCGCAAGAAGAUCAUCAUCAAGGGCACCACUAAGUUCAACGAGACUCCAAAAGGCGGGCUAGCCUACCUGCAAGCCCAAGGCAUCAUCGACGACGCUCAGAAUGUGACCUCGGUUGCCAGGUUCCUACACGCGACAUCACGAGUCAACAAGAAGGUCCUUGGCGAGUACCUGUCUAAGAAGGGAAAUGAGCCAGUUCUGGAAGCGUACUUGGAUCUCUUCGAUUUCGAUGGCAAGCGUGUCGACGAAGCUCUGCGGGUCCUUCUCGAGACCUUCAGACUUCCUGGUGAAGCCCCUCUCAUUGAGCGAAUCGUUACAGUCUUUGCCGAUAGAUACUGCGCCAACGCAACGCCGACCGAGGUGGCAAACCAGGAUGCCGUAUUCGUCUUGACGUACGCCAUCAUCCUGUUGAAUACAGACCAGCACAAUCCAACCGUCAAGAAGACAUCGAAACGCAUGACUUUGGAGGACUUUUCGAAGAACCUACGUGGUGUGAACGACGGGGGCAACUUCGCGCCCGAGUAUCUUCAAGAAAUCUUUGACUCGAUCAGAAACAACGAGAUCAUUCUGCCUGAAGAACACGACAAUAAGCACGCAUUUGACUAUGCUUGGCGUGAGCUUUUGGCAAAGACGGAGAUUGUUGGGCCAUUGGUCCUCUGCGACACCAAUAUAUAUGAUGCCGACAUAUUUGCAACAACGUGGCGCCCAAUAGUCUCGACUCUGUCCUACGUGUUCAUGUCGGCUACCGACGAUGCCGUCUUCGCUAGGAUUGUUACUGGCUUUGAUGAAUGCGCCAGGAUCGCAACCAAGUUCGGCAACAGCGAGGCUCUUGACCAGAUUGUGUACUCCCUGAGCCACAUGACAACACUGGCCACCGAGCUUCCGUUCAGCACCAACCUCAACACAGAGGUUCAAGCUGGGAACAACACGGUCAUGGUGAGCGAACUCGCAGUCAAGCUGGGCAGGGACUUCAGAGCACAGCUUGCUACCUUGGUCCUCUUCAGGGUGGUAACGGGAAGCGAGAGUCACAUACAUAAGGGCUGGAGACACGUCAUCCGUAUCUGGCUCAACUUGUUUGUCAACUCGUUGAUGCCUGCACCGUCCGUCGCCGAUUCUAGACUUGCAGUUAUUCCUGCCAUUCCUCUUCAAAACCCGUCUCAAGUCAUUGAUCGAGCUUCCAAAACAGCAGAAACGGGGUUCUUCUCAGCAUUUACGUCGUACAUCUCUAGCUAUGCAGCUGAUGACCCCCCAGAGCCGUCAGACGAAGAAUUGGAGAGCACCCUUUGCUCUGUCGACUGUGUGAACUCGUGUCACAUGGCGACUGUUUUUGCCAACAUAACCGAGCUAGGUGCUUCUGAGCUGGCGCACUUGGUUGAUGGCCUGAUCAGCUCACUGCCAGAAGAGCCGAAUCCUGCAGUCAUGACCGUCAAAUCGGAUCAUGUGCCUACUGCGCCUCAGCUCGAACCAAAACUUGGCACCUUGUCGUAUGACCCAGCUAUGGUUUUCUCACUGGAGUUGAUGACAGGACUCGCCCUGCGCGACCAAGAGACUCUGCAGGUUCUUGGAAAGCAAGUCAUGGACACUUUGCAAGCCAUCUUGCGGGAUGCCAACCAGUAUCAUGCAAUGAUUGUCUCAAGAACGUCCUUCUACCUCCUCACUCUCCUUCACGCAACCCAUACCCUGGACUACGUUAACAUCCCAGUCCUACUGCACACCAUCUCCAACUUCCCCAAGGACACGCUUGCCAAGUCAUCCGUGAUGCUCAUUCAGGGGCUGAAACUCUGCGUUGUCGAACCGGGUCCUCUUAGGAAUGAGAUAAUGACUUCGCCUGAUUUCUGGUCCAUCAUGCGAGCCCUGGCCGGAAGAUACGAUUCGGCAGCUGUCGUAUUUGAUCUUCUCGAACGGGGGUGCACCGGCGUACCUCCUGCGAUAAUGGCAGAUAACUACGAGGCGGCGCUCCUCUUGCUCGGCGACUUUGCAUCUGCAGCUGGACGCGCUGUCCUUGCGGAAAGAAAACAAGAGCAAAGACCCCGGAAGUCCCGUGACUCUGAGCGUGAGCCACCGAGAAAGCAGGGAAGCGACCACCAGGAGUGGACAGCGAUUUUUGGCGAAGUCUUAUUUCCCUUGAUCCAUCGUCUCUUGAAGCAGGAGGUAUUCACCUCCGAUCGAGAUGGCAUGGGUGAGAUGAGAGUUCAGUCAUCAUCACUGCUUUGCAAGGUCUUCCUGCAAUACCUUGUCCUUCUAUCUACUUGGGACGGCAUGCCUGACCUGUGGUUGGAGAUCAUUGAUAUCAUGGAUCGCUUAAUGAACAGCGGGCAGGGUGACAGUUUGGAGGAGGCUGUCCGUGAAAAUCUAAAGAAUGUUAUACUCUUCGUGUCAAGCAGUGGCUUUCUUGUUGCACCGAGUCAGGAUGCUUCUAAGGAGACGCUGUGGAAUGAGACAUGGAAUAGGAUUGAUCGAUUUGUUCCCGAUCUAAGACGCGAUCUAGCUCUCGACGAGCCAAGGGCAGAUGGCGGGGAUGAGGGGGCUGUGGUCGCCACCUCGACCGCAGAGCAGAGCAGUGACCACCCGCAAGCAUAGUUAGGAAUGAAUGCAUGCAUGUGAUGAGCGGGUUAAAG